UAGGGUAGUCAUCAAUGAGACACUUUUGGUUUUCAACUUUCAACGAUUUUUGUAUUUUUUUCAUCAGCAUGUUUUAAUGAGCUUGUUGUUGCAUUUUAUUUUUUUUUUAAUGUGUUCUAACAUUGACCAAAAUAUGAGAUCGAUCUGACGUCUACAGCCAGAGUUAUUCAACUGUCUCAUUGUAGAUGCAUUGGGCAGGAACAAUGAGACAGCUGGGGAACAAUGAGACACUCUUCAAAAAUGAAUACUUUUUUAGUAAAACAUCAUGUUUUUAUAUUGUUCCAUUGCAGGAGACUUGCUUUGAACAUUUUCAAACAAUUUUGUCAACAUGAAACUUUAAUUAACAAAAGUUAUACUAAAAAGUAUUUAAAUUUUGUAAAAUCCAUAUGUUUUACGAAAUAACUUUAUAUUUUUGGUUAAAUGAAGUUCAAACUCAAUAAAUAUGCCAAAAAUCACUUCCAAUUCAUGUUUUGAAAGAUUUCCAUCGAUUUUGAAAAGUUUAUUGAAGAAAAAUCAAAGUGUCUCAUUGUUACCCAUGGGCCGAAAAGAGUUGGGAACAAUGAGACAGCCCUUGAUUCUGUUUAUAUUCUAAUUUUUGGUCAAACCUAAUAAAAGGACAUUGUAGCCCAACUCAUGCCCUGUAAAAUGACGAAAGAAAUAUUGGAGGAGUAUUAGUUUUUAAGUUAAUGGUAGCCUAUGAGCGAAAAUGUAAUUUUUAGUCAAAAUUUACUUUUACACCCCAGAAUCAAACAUGUAUGAAUAACUUUGCAAGGGAGCGUCCAUAACCAAAGUCACUUUUAUGGCAGACGUGUAUCUAGUAGACACGCCUUUCCCCCAAAUAUGAGCCAGAUUGGUUGAAACUACGUCUUGUGAGAGCCAUUUUAUCAUUGUUCCCCGUGUCUCAUUGAUGACUACUCUACCCUAAACAAACCUGGAUAGAACUCGUGCAUAAACCACGAGGCCUUCAAAUUUGAAAUUUUCAUGUUUCUUGUAAAUUGCAUACUAAAUGUGUGCCAGUAGAGAUAUUUUCGGUAAAUGUCGAACACAAGCGAAAUUUGUAAGCUAUCAGUAAAUAUGCACACAGGUAAUAAACCUUGCGCGGAACGCUUAACCCUGCCGUACCGCUGCACACUAAACUGGCCGGCCGGGCAGGUUUGUUUGGAUGGGUAUAUUCGAUCAUUACGGAACGCCUAAAGCUACGCGUUGUUUGGACUGUGUGAAGUUCGUAAGCUAAACAAUACGUCAUUUAUGACCGAUCCCUUUUGUGCUAAUCGGAUUUUUACACUUUAUGACCGAGACGUGCUCAGCACAGACGGAACUGGAGAAACAGGCAGUUUUCCAUUAGACGUUUAACCGAACACUUCGCGGCGGUGGCUUGAAGUUGAUGUUGAUCUGGAAGCCGGAAUGGAGUUGAAGCUACUUUAGAUUCGAAGAUCUUGCCCGAAUGAAGAUCACUAUGGCGAGGAUCAACAUCAUAGAAGAUUUUGAGCGUAUCUGGGAUACGAAAAGAACACCACCGUGGUUUAAAGAGUUUCCGGAUAUAGUUGCAGACAUUUACCAAACAGCAAGGGAAGAUGUGAUCAUUGAUGAAGAUCAAACGGAGUCGGAGUUGAACCAACAGAUGUUCUAUCACUAUUAUCAUUUGGCAUCGGUUGACUGUUUGAGAGAUGAUUUGCACCAAACCAAAAACAUCCUGAACAGUUGCCUAGAGCGUUACGACAAGAUACCCCAAGAUGACCGCAACUACGCUUUGGACGAAUUGAGUAUCUUUGUUAAGGAAAAGUUAGCUGAAAUAGAUGAAGAUGUUUCUAAGCAUGAGCCGAGGCUGCAUGGUUCGAGUUUCAAGGAUUAUGUUGAAAUUUGUCUCACCCUCGGUAACAUAGAGAAUAAUAACGAGUUGCUGCAACAAUUGAAAAAAUGCUCGAACGAAGACCAGAAGCAGCUUGAACAGCUUCUUUGGUGUAAGCAACUGGUUCGUCUCAUCAUCACCCUGGAGGAAGAAGCUCUAAACCAGACAUUUCACCGGAUUUCGAUUCCUGCAGAAAACGAGACUUGUCUGGCCAGAGCAUACCAUCUUGCUAGGCACGGUAAUUCAAGCGAAAAUCACUCGAAGAGUGUCGGAACAAACCAAACCUCUACCCAAGAGUGUGUGUUUUACGGUGGUGUAAAGGAACGCGUAAGGGAGAAAAUUUACGGUGAAGUUGUUUUGAGGAAGCACGGUUUGGAACAGGUAAAAUUUAUAAUCCAACGUGACGCUGGCAAGGAACUCAGUAAUACCGAUACGGUAUUUGUUGAGGAUGAAUUCAGAGGGCUUUGCCUGGAGCAGUGCUUGGAAGAAAUGCAGCAUUCGAUGAAAUCAUAUCUAACGAGCUAUCAGGAAAUGGAUAUAGUGAAGAUGUUUAACUUCGUCGAAAUUGUUAGCACAUGCAAUGCUAUUCCGCAAUUUUUCAAACAAUUUCAUUAUUUUAAAGAGCUUUUAAAGUUUAAGCUAAGUGAGGAAGAGGAAAGCAAACUCGUAGAGCAUUUCAAAUGCACAUUUGUUAGCCAAAUAAUCAACCAUUGCAAUGCAGUUCAGAACGAGCUAGGUUUUAUUUCGAACUUGACGAGUUAUCUGAGUAAAACUCGAAAAGUCAAAGCUGUUGUUAACAAACUGGGUGUAAACGAACAAACACUCAAUGUUGAUUAUGAAAAACUUAUGACUCUCAAGGACUCAGAAAAUAACGAAGAACUUUUGGAACUGCAGAGCACAGUUAAAAGUAUGAUGCAACAAGAAACCCAACUAAUUAUGAAAGACAAACUACGCGAAACCAUACUCGGUUUUGCGGAGCCUGUACAAGUCCAGCGAGCUACGGUCGACGAUCGAACUGUGGUCAAAGUGCUGGGCAAGCAUUUAGUUCUAGGUGAAAUUUUAGAGUCUGUAGAGAACGAACUUGCAAUCGACAUGGACAUAACUGAAGUGCAGUUCAUCGGUAGUAAAGUGUUUCACAUUGACGCCGAUCUGGUGAGCGAUACUUGGCAUGGGAAAAAUGUGGCCGUAAGAUCAAAGCUCAUCCAAGUGCAUGGAACUGUUGUGUGGGACGUUUCAGGGAAGAGCUGCAAUCGCAAGUAUGAACCUGCCCGUUCUGCAACCGUUGAAGGUGCGGACGGAUGUGCUGGUGAGGACGGCUAUCCUGGUGAAAGUGGUGGCAAUGUGUUUAUUACGGCGGAGAAAAUGAUAAAUUGUGAAGAAUUUACUGUAAUUUCUAAUGGAGGAGACGGUAGUGAUGGUCAGGACGGUGGACACGGGAAAAAAGGUCGAGACGGUGUCGGUAUCAUGCGAGAAAACAUAGAGCAGGAGUUUAAUUCACCUGUGAGAUUUUUAGCUUUUCAUACUACGAGAAUGGAGCAAGUUCAAAGAAUGAUUAGGUCUAUUGAUCGUAACUUUGUUCAUUCCUCCCAACGCUUCAUCCAAGAUAGUGAUACGUUUAUUGUAGCAACUGGCCAAGAUAGCAAAGGAGUUAUAUUUUCAUACUGCUCACCAAAACUGUUCCAGAACAAUAGCCAUUGCUAUCUUGUUCACAAGGGAUCGUUGGGAAAACCUGGGGGUCAAGGGGGUGACUAUGGCCGGGGAGGAGAAGGGGGUUUCCCUGGGCAGAUCAGUGUAAAAAGUGUAAUUGGGGAAAUUUUUCAAGUUAACAAAUCAACUGUUCGAGGCCAAGAUGGCCGUUCGGGAGCAGCUGGGUUGUAUGGCGACACUGGUGACAACGGUUGGGAUAUUGGCUAUCUCGAUUACCAGACAUGGCGUGCGGCGUAUUACUACGGAGAAGACUACAAAAGUAAGCUCACUGUCGAGUAUCACGACGAUUCCAGGAAGGAAAGUGUUUGGUGUUGGCACAAAAACAAAUACGCUAGCAUAAAAGCGGUCAAAUCUGAAAACUCAAGCGUAGAAAAGCACAAAAAACGUCACUUUGGAAAACGUGAUCGCAAGCAUUCAGCGGUGGCGGUAAAGAAAAAAAUGAUCAUUGAAAGCUCGUUCAUUGCCAGCACUGACCAGCACUUUGGUUCCAUUGACGAGAACGCCCUUCUAAGUGCCUACACUCGCAUUGAACGUAUCCGACAACGGGCUUUACAAGGAGUAUCUGGAAAGACAGAGCAGCGGAAGAAAGCUAACAAAAGAUACAGGAUUAAUCAUAUAAUUGCUUGUCCAGAUAUUGAGCAUGACAUUGAUGAGCCUCCUGCUAAAAUUUCAAAUACAGUCAAGCAGAAAGCAAUGAGCUCGAAAGUGUUUGAAAGUAUUCUGAUUCGGAAAGAAUCACUGAUAAAUUGGAAACAACUAAGAUUUUGUCGCACCGAAAAUCAAGAUUUGCAACGCCUAUUUCUUUUACUAGACUCAAUCGAAAAGGAAAAAACGAAACUAUCAGCAAACGAUUUUAAGAUCAUUGAACAAAUUUUGGUUGACAAACAAAGGCUGGCCACUUUUGAGGAAAUAACAGAUAAAAUUCAUAUUAAUUAUUCUAACACUAACAAAUCAGUAUUGCCAGCACAAUAUGCGUCGAUAUGUCUAGAAGAAGAUCCACAACAGUGUGGCAUAAACUGUCAUGAUCACUUGGGAAAAUUGGAUGAUUAUUUCUUCAAUUUUGAUUGCGAUGACCAACAAGAGAAACUCUCGUCGUACUGUAACUUAUACAGGAAAAACCUUCCAUCAUCAGUUGUUGAAGCUUUUUUGUAUGAAGCAGAAAGUGCAGACUCUUCCAUUCAAGAACAUCUUGAUCAGUACAAGUUAGUUUCAGAGUUACGGGAAUUUGAUUCAGCUCGUAACUUGAACCAAUUUAUGAAGGAAUUAAUUCCGUCAAAGUUUUCAAAUAUAAUAAAUCUAUGGUACCUGAACGAUGAGAAUUCUUCUCUUGCACAAAAACUGAUCCACGAAAUUGAUUAUGAUUACCGUUUAGGUUCUCUCCGCAAACAUUACAUGAAGGAACUGAACAAGGAAAUCAAUUUUAAUCAAUGCCUUCAAAAUGAUCUCUUUUUUGAAACUUAUCAAACCUUCAUUGUUGAAAAAGGUCCCUUAACCCGGAGCUACAGAGAGCUCUUGGCUUACGCGUUUGGAGUGAAUAUACAAGUUUAUAUUAGGGUGCCUAGCGGAAAGUUUUUACUGCGGGACAGUCAUAACUCUGAAUCGUCCGAUAUUUUAUAUUUGCUACUUGAGAACGAAUCUUUUGUGAAACUAAGAUUAAACGAAAAUCUGAUGAAUUUGGAAAAUGAUUAUCGGAUUCUAGCGCGAAGGUAUGCUCUGAUAACUGACCGCUUGAUGUCAUUCAAGGACAAACAAUCGUUUGAUGAGUAUGUAUCAAAUGGUCUAUAUUUGUACUGUGACUUUGUCUCCACGAAUGAUGUGCAUUAUUUAAAACACCGAACUUUUGAACGAGUUAGUCCAGCACUUUUCAUUUGGGGAAAGACAUGUCAUAGAGGCUAUGUUCACUCGAAGUGAUGUUUCAAGCUUUGUUUAUAGUAAGCUAUUACGUAACCUCUGUUUGAGAUUUGCUGCCGAGGGGAAACAUAUUUCUACAGAUGAAGUUCAAUUUCUGGUAAACCGUUAUUUGGUUGCCAGUAGCGUAGGAAGGCAUGAAGAAGAGAUUGUUAACUGGAUUGUUUUGGCAUUUCCUCAGGCCAGCUGGGUCAGUGAGAUCCUUCUUCUAGACUUGGAGCGAUACUAUAAAGAAAGGCUUGCGAGGAAAUCUGAAUGGAGGAUUCUUCUGAAGAAAGUAGAAAACAAAGCAAUUAUGAUAUUGUUCAGUGCUAAACUUCAGUUAAGCCUGGCAGGAACCGUUGAGCCGAUUGACAAAAUGGAAAGAAUAUUAAAAAUGAUGAGCAUGGCCAAACACCAAACGACUACGUUGCUAAAGCUGAAUCUUUCCGAGUGGUAUUAUGUACUGGAGGAGCAUUACUGGGUUGAAAAGCUGAAACCUUUAACAAGUUGGAACGAUAAUGAAACAUUGCAGGAAGCAUCAUAUUAUGCGGUGGCCCUGCUGAAUAAUUAUAGCCUCGAAAUAAUGGAGAAAUUCUUCAAUACAAUAAAAGGUAAAAAUGUUUCGCAAAAUGAUAUUAUCGACGUGCUCUGCAGUGUCUACAAUGGAAGAUGGAACUUGACAGAAGAAAAUAUUGCAAAUCUGGAAAAGAUUAAACUGGAACAGUUGAUCAAACAUAUGGAUUCUAACAUGUCAAUACAGCAAGAAAGAGAUAUUAAUGUUGUGGUUCAGUUUAUAAAAGACAAUAAAUGGGCAUCUUUUAGUAUACGAUCAGAUCUCACCAAUUCAUUAGAAUUCCACGCGCAUCGACCAACUACGGUCGCAACGCGGCCGUGUCGAGCAUGUGUAGAGUCUUUAACGAUUGCUACGAGCACUUUGACUUCCAUUUGUCUCGCAACGUACUCCGGAAACUUUUCCUAAACCAUUUUAAAACUUGACCCAUCGCUACCAGAAGCUUUCUACUUGUGAUAUCCAACUGUGAUCUUAGUUUAGGUUAGGAUUAGGGAAAGUUUUAUUUGUGUUCUAUGUAUUAGUUUAAGAAAUCUUGUAUCAUUGGAGUUUGUAAACUUGUUGAUGCGUUAAGAUGAGGUGGUUUUUAUGCCUUCUUGAGAAUGUGUCUGACACAGCUCAAGGGGGCUUUUUGCCCACCAAAAUAAAAAAUGAAAUGAAAUAAAAUGAAAUAUUGUCCAAAUUACAACCGAUAACAAAGCAAGUUCAGUUCAUCAAAGAAGAAAUCGAUAAAAGGAAUCGAGUUUUUAGGAAU